GCAGAGAGAGGAAGAGGAAGAGGAAGAAGGCAUCAUGGCGACGGCGAAGGCAGCCACUGGCUGCCCUCCCUACCCUCCGCGCUGUCGUCGCCGGCGGCGGCGUCCCCGCCGUACCCCAGCGCCGCCAGGAUCGCCGACUCCGACUGCUUCCCCCAGUACACCGCCUCCCUCAAGUGUUUGGAGGCCAACCAAGACAAGAGCAAGUGCCAGCAGCAGUUCGACGACUAUAAGGAGUGCAAAAAGAGAGAGAGGGAGGCUCGGCUUGAACGAAACAAGGGUCGGUCAUUAUUUGGUUGAGCAGUACAGAGGACCGAUGUGCGAUAAGAUGUUAGUCUGAAGCACGUGAACGGAUGACUUUUAUUUCCUGAUGUUCCUUUAGCUUGUGAAGUUAGAAACAGUAGAGAAUUCUCUGCCUCUCCGGGUUCAGUGUGAAAUGUAAGGUUUGAGACGAUAAUUUACUGUUUGGUCGUGACCAAAUUUCCCAAAUAAAUGGUAUUUCCAGAACGAUUGCAUAAUCCUGGAUCUUUGACCCACAUAUUUUGCUGUAUAGUCACAGAACUCCCCAACACACCAUACAAUACAUGUACAGUGCCAAGCAA